UUUGUUUGCUGGUAAGAACUUGUUUCAUUGCAGAUCAAAGCAGUAAGAAGGAAAAAAUGUCAAGGAAUGUAGGGUUCUUCAUCUGCAUCUUGAUCCUAGCCAUGGAUGUUUCAGCUGGCAUUCUUGGCAUUGAAGCCGAAGUAGCUCAGAAUAAGGUGAAGCAUUUGAAGGUGUGGAUAUUCGAGUGUAGAGACCCAAGUCACACAGCCUUCAAGUACGGCUUAGCUGCAUGUAUCCUUUUGGUGUUAGCCCAUGUAACGGCUAACUUUCUUGGUGGAUGUCUCUGUGUUGUCUCAAGACAAGACCUUGAAAAAUCCUCUGCUAACAAACAGCUUGCCGUGGCUUCUCUGAUAUUCUCCUGGAUCAUAUUGGCAAUUGCGUUCUCCAUGUUGAUCGUAGGGACGAUGGCAAACUCAAGAUCGAGGAGAGGCUGUGGGAUUUCACAUCAUCGGGUUCUGUCCAUAGGAGGAAUCCUCUGUUUCAUUCACGGCCUUUUCGCUGUUGCUUACUACACCUCUGCAACUGCUUCAACACGAGAACAGACACAGACAGGCCAUGCUUGAAUAAAAAUUUGUAGACCAUGUUUUUCUUAUAAACUUAACCCAAUGUCUAAAUCUGACUAAAAGAUAUAUAUACCUAAACGUUGUUUGCAUCUACCAUUCCUUUCACUGUGGGAUUUAGUUUUCUCGAUGAAUGUGGAUGCAUUGGAAGGUAAGGUUGUGGAACAUAGCCUUGUAGCUUCAGCUCUUCGAGAAGUAAAUUUAGUAAAGAAUGCAUAACUGUAUACUCAGGAUGA